AUGUUAGUUCCCCCAGCGAAUUUUGGUAUUGCUGAAGAAGGGAUAUAUAGAUGUUCCAAAGUUGAGACUUUAAACUUGUCCUUCUUAGAGACACUUGAGUUAAAGACAGUAAUAUACAUUGGAGGUCAGGAACCUUCAAAAUUUUUUAAAGAAUUCUUCAAUAGGUCCUCAAUUGAGUGGUUAAGUAUACGAACUGCAGAUUAUGCCAAUGUGGGACCACAAGUGAAUAGUUUAAAAAACUCUGAAAUUGUAUCUGAGGAAGAGCAGGAGGAGGAUGAUGAAAAAAAGGACGAACUCAACACUAUCCAAAGAAAUUUAGAUAGCAAUGAUACAUUAGAAAUUAAGGAUCUAGGACAUGUAAAAGCAUCUGAAUUUCCAAGCCCGAGACCCAAGGUUGAAAACUCUAUGGUUAAUGGAAUAGAUGGAAUCAUUGAAGGCGAUUUAGAUAUCAACGAAAAGAGAACAUCGGUGAAAAACAAACACCUAAAGUAUACUCUUAAUGAUAGCGAUGAGUUGAUGUUAAUAAAGAGCUAUUGUUUAAAGAAAACUUUUAAAAUGUUAUUAGAUCAAAAAUUUUACAAUAUUUUAUUAGUUGAUAAGACAGCUCUAAUAAUCGGUAUUCUUAGAAAAAUUCAAAAAUGGAAUAUAUCAUCAAUAAUAAAUGAAUAUAGAUUAUAUGCAGGUAAAAACAGAUCUUAUUUUGCAGAAACAUAUCUAGAACUCAUUGAACUCCGAAUAGAACAAGAAAAGAUUGACUCUACAAAUUCUGAUAAAAAAGCAUUGCUAAAUGCUGAAUCGACAAAAGAUGUGAUUGAUAAUCAUAGGAAGCUUUCUAGGAGUAAUCUAAUAUUUGUUACAGAGGAUGAAUUGUGUAACCCACCAGAGAUACCCGCUCGUAUGAUAGCCAUCGUGGAAGAAACAGAGAGGAGGGAAAACCCAGAUAUGCAAAACGAAGAUGAAUUUAAUGAGGAAUCAGAAAAGAGCCAUAAUAUGAAAAGAAGUACGUCAGACAUGGGUAUAUUCGGUCAUAGAUAUAGAUUAACAUUUAAUAGAAAAGAGAAUGGGGAUUAUGAUUACUACAAAAACGAAAACUCACAAUACAAGGAAAAUGACUAUAUACGGUUGCAUAUUCCGAACGAAUUAGAAUUACCUGAAUGGUUUAAAUUCCAAAGAGAUACUUGGGAACAAGAUAAUGCCCCUGAGGUUCACCACUUCUACAAGGAACAAAUAUUCGUAUAA